AUGGAGAUUUGGUUACCUAUAGUAGGAACAGAUUACUUUAUUUCUAAUAUCGGACGUAUUAAAAAUAAAAAUGGCAGGAUUUUGGAAGGAAGUAUUCAUAAAGGACAUGGUUAUGCACAAACAAAGAUUAGUAAAAACAAUAAUUACACGCCUAUUAAUAUUCACAGACUAGUUGCAGAAGCAUUUAUUUCUAAUCCAGAAAAUAAACCUUUUGUUAAUCAUAUUAAUGGUAUUAAAACUGAUAAUCGAGUAGAUAAUUUAGAAUGGGUGACCCCCAAAGUAAAUGCUAAUCAUAAAGUAUUUCCAAAUCCUGGUCGUAGUAGAUCUCAAAAAGUUGUGCAAAAAACAUUAGAUGGAAACGUUAUUCAGAUUUUGGAUUCGGCCAAUCAUGCAGGUAUUACACUUAAUAUUAAUAGAAGAAAUAUUACUGCAUGUUGUAGAGGAAAUCAAAAUAUUGCAGGUAAAUGGACUUGGAUAUAUUAUGAUGAUUAUAUAGAAUCUGAUCCCAAUGAAGAAUGGAAGGGGUUGGAGAUUGAUUCAGAAAAAUUCAAAGUAUCAUUCUUAGGUAGAAUCCAAUUAUUAAAUGGAAUGAUUACACAAGACUCACUAAGCGGGAGGUAUUUUCAGGUUGGUAGAAGAUAUCUAAAUUUUCAGGUUCAUCACCUAGUAGCAUUAGCUUUUUGCCAGAAAAAACAAGGAAAAAAGUAUGUAAACUAUAUUGAUGGGAAUCCUACUAAUAAUAAAGAUUCGAAUCUUGAAUGGUGUACACAGAAAGAGAAUAUGCAACAUGCAGUAUCUUAUAAAUUAUGGAAUGGGUAUAAACAGGCAGAGCUUGCUACUGGAAUUAAAAGUCAAAAUAUUGGCGCAGUAUGUAAAACUAUUCGUUCUCAUGCUGAAGGGUAUCGCUGGAAAUAUAUUGAUUCAGCAAUACACAAUAAGUGUUGA